UUUAUAGGCGAGUGUCUUUAGCUUAUUACUCUUAAACACUGAAAAUGAAAGAAAGAAACAAAAUAAAAUAUGUUUCCUUUCUAAACUAUUCCACAAUAAACUCCUGUAACUGUUCUAAUCUUUAUUUUUAGUACGUUAGUAGUAACUUUGCUUUUCCUUCUAGGACGAGUCAACAUGUCUGCAGUUGUCAGACAGCAGCGUUAUCUGUCCACCGCAGGGGCUGAUGGGAGGUGUGAGGAGCCUUCAGGAACCACGUGGCCCUCGUCUGAUCUCACAGCUCGUCCUUGUUUGGCCUCAGCUGCAUCAGAGCGCCACUUCUCCCCAGGUUCACCAGAGGAAACACCACUGCACACAAUGCUUUUCCUCCCAGCUGCUGCUCUGUGCUGUCUGUGUUCAGCGCUGGUUGCCAUGGCAGCAGAGCUGAUUCAGGAGGAUUUAACAUUGACCAGGAGAGUUGGUGGGAAAGUUUCCUUCAGCUGUCGAGGAACUAACCAGUGUAGCGGUAAUUAUGUAUACUGGUACCAGAAGGGAGACACAGAAACAUUCACAUUGAUUCUUGAUAUUGAUAAGACAGAUGGUACAAUAGAUUCAGAUUACAAUCAUCCUCAGAAAGAUGAUUUCUCAGCUGUGAAUAAACAGAACGGCUGUGAGUUGGAGAUCCAGAAGGUUAAACUCAGUCAUUCAGCCUCCUACUACUGCUCCUGUAGAGCUCUCCACAAUAUCAUUCUGCUUCAUCAUUUGGACUCGUUCACCUCAGCUGACACGCUCAACAGCAGACAGGUUUUUGUAUUACUCUGUUUCACUGUGGGAGGAGGACGAUACGUCUGGAUCUUUGGCUCUGGAACUAAACUUUAUGUAACAGAUGAGCCGGUAGUGAAGCCCGUGGUGAGCGUGUACCCAGCAGCAUCCAGAGCCCACCUGGAGGGGAAGAGCUCCCUGCUGUGUCUGGCCUCAGCCAUGUUUCCUCCUCUGGUCCAGUUCUCCUGGAAAAGACGAAAGGACAACGGUCCUCUGGAGGAGCUGCCCCCUGCUGAGGGAGAGCAGCUGGAGCUCAGAGAGCCGGGACGCACCGCCGGCAUCUUGCUGAUCCGUCAGCCAGAGAACAGCACGUAUAAAUACCGCUGCUCCGUCCACCACGAGGGGGGCACAGUGGAGGCCCCAGCAGAACAAGAGGUUCCAGCUCCAGCAGCCUCCUGUCCUCCAGAGAGAGAGCCAGCACACCUGCCAGCUCUGCAGCAAGCUGACUUGUCCUUCCAGUCUCAGUGCAAGGUGAAGCUGCUCUGUGUGCUGUACACAGUGCUGAUAGUGAAGAGUCUGGUGUACUGCUGUGGACUCUCUCUGCUGAUGAUCCUCAGAAACAAGGGACCGUCCACCAACUGCACACAUGCUGACUGACUGGCCUUUUCUCACCAUCAAAUCUCAUCAAUUCAUCUCAUUCAUCACUUUGAUCACUAUUCACAAAUAUCAAUGAUGACGUUGUGGCGACCCCUGCUGUCGUCUAUAUAGUAGGGUUCCUGUUAACCUGCCAUUAGGGCCUUCUGGGAACACCUGGGCCCAGUGUUCCCAGCCUAUAAAGCCUAGGCUCAUGACUCAUUCUCUCUCUCUCUUUCCCCGCAGACACCAUCGCUGGGCAUGUGGCGGCCUUAGGUUCUCCUUGGUUAAUCUUUUGCUUGUUUUAUACAUUUUACAACAUGCACACACCAUUUAUAUUCUCAAUGCACACCUUACACUACUGAUACUACUGAUAUUCACACUCCAUACCUUUUGAUCCUUUUGUUCUGCAUAAUUUACUCUACUUUUGUUAAAUAGAUUAAUUGAUUUUAUCGUUACCACGGUGUGUCUUCCUAUUUGUCAUGGUCUUGAGAGCCAGGUUGUGAUAAGUUGGGGGCUCGUCCGGGAUUUGAACCCGGGACCUCUCGCAUGUUUUAAAAUCUUUACAUGCAGGUUAGAUACUGUCAUCCUAAAAAUAUAAAUACAUACACACACACACACACACACACACACAAACACACACACACAUAUAUUUGCAGUUACUCGGUGUAAAUUCUGUGUGGUGUUAUUUUGAUGCUGUUUAUUAAUUGUGACUUGUAUAAUAAUAGAACAUUAAGAUGAAUCAUUAGCUGUCUGGUAGAUAUUUGAUUGUUUACAGUAUUUUUCUGUUCUUGUGUUUCUUUUUAAUACAUUAUACAGAGUCAGAUUUGUCAAAUU